UCCUGCGUUCGCGAGGUACGGUAUUAAUGAGGGUAGAUAUCGCGACGGACUGAACUUACGGCGGGAAGGCUGGGGUGGCGUCUGCCAAGUUGUGAAGCAGACGUGAAAAGAAACCAUUCAAGCCGUCUGCUCAUAGCAGACUCUGCCAGGAUGGAUUUUUUUAAAGUAUCUUUUUUAAUGUGUGGAAUUUUUUUCUACCUUUUCUGUUAGAAAUCUUGAAGGAAUUUUUCUUCGUGUGUAUUUCAGGUGUGUAGUUAAGGUGUUGAGGUUGAGCUUUAGAUUUUACUUUGAAAUCGGAGUAUUAGUAUUCAUAUGUGUUUCACGAUUAUUUUUAAAUUUGUUUACCGAAAUUCUUCAUAAAAACGUAAAUUGGACAAUUUUCCUAUCAAAGGAUUAUACAACACGUAAAGGUUCGUUUACAUGAGAAUGGAUUACUUCCCUUAACAGCUAAGUGUGGGACCACCGGAACAGGACUGAUCCACAGAUACAAUGUCUUCACGUGUAAUUGUAUCAUUAUUGGCAUUGCCGCUGAUUUUGUUUUGGAUAUGUUCAACCACUGAUGCAGGUCACGGUGACCUUUGUGUGACGGACAGCAACUGCACGGAGCUGGACGACAACAGCACGUGCAGAUUCAGCCAAUCCUGCGACAGCACCGCGUCAUGCACCGGCGUCUGCGCAUGCGUGGAGGGGUUCACCCACGUCAACGGCUCCUGUGUGAAGAUCCGGUUAGGAGACCCGUGCACCUCAAACACUUCCUGCAACUCAUCCGUCGAGAACAGCGCAUGCGUGAACGGCACGUGCGAGUGUGGUGGUGAGUACGUAAUGAAACACGAGAACGUGUGCUCGGUGCGACUUCUUGGAGACAAAUGCUUGAAGACUGCCGACUGUAAUGCCACAGUCAUGUACAGCCAGUGUCAUAAGCAAACUAAAAUUUGCAGGUGCCCCCGCUUUUUCGUUCAGGUAAACAACAACACAUGCAAGCCGGUGGUCGACGCACCGUGUUCUUCUGACGAAAUGUGUAUGUCCAUACCGAACGCGACGUGUUCUAAAUGUCCGACAAGUCAGCCAUGCGUUAGGAGGUGUCAGUGUUUUGAUGGGUUCACAAAGGUCAACGGUUCGUGCGUGAAGCUCAAGAUAGGAGACGGGUGUGAGUUGUUCCCCGGGAAGAAUUGCAGUCAGACCAUCUCUAACAGCGAGUGUAAAAACGAAACGUGCCAAUGUUCGGGAGGGUAUAAACAUAGACAAGACGUGUGUUUGUUACGUGUCGUCGGUGACAACUGCUCACACAAUGAAGAUUGCGAGGCGGCCGUCGAUAGAAGUUUCUGUAACAGUUCUAGUUCUACAUGCCAAUGCCUUCAGGGUUACAUAAGUAGAGGUUCUGGAGUUGCGUGUGAUAGGGUUAAGAUAGGUGAUCAAUGCAAGUCUCAUGAAGACUGCAACAAAUCCGUAAGAAACAGCCGAUGCACAGACAACUUCUGCAUCUGUCUCAAGGACUACUCCAGUAAUAGAAACAAGACACACUGUCUUGAGAGGUUACUUGGCGACCCCUGCGAAGACGAAACCAGCUGCGCGAACGUCAAAGAAAGCACAUGCAACCAAACAUGUGUGUGCCGGCCUGGUUUUAAACCAAACAGCAGAAGACGCUGUGAAAAAAGGCAGCUUGGAGACCUUUGUACCUCUCAUCUAGACUGCGCCAAUGCUUGUGGCGGAAACGCCUGCGCCUGUACCUCUGGUAAAUGCUCAAAAGCUGCCCUGGAAGAAACGAACUGCUCCACGAAUUAUGACUGCAUGGAGCUCUUUAACAACAGUUUCUGCGACAACAGUACCUGCCAUUGUAACGUAAAUUUAGCGCCCGACCCUGCAUUUCAAAAAUGUGUUUUUUAUAAUCUCGGACACGUUUGCUCAGAAACUAAAAACCGUUGCGAAUACUCCGUAAACAAUAGUGUUUGUUUUAACAAGACAUGUCAAUGUAAAGACACACAUUAUCCGAUGAACAAUUCCAUCUGCAGCAUCAAGCAAAUCGGAGGGUUAAAAUGUGAAUCCAACACCCAGUGCAAGGUUAAUAAUAGCUUCUGUGAGAUGAACAACACAUGCAAGUGUAAGGUAGGGUACCGCCAGGAAGGAUUCGACGCAUGCGUGUUGGCGAGUCUGUACGAUGAGUGUACGAAACCUGAAGACUGCAACACCACCAUUUUACACUCCGACUGUGACCACGGCAGGUGUCGCUGUUUACCUGGGUACACGCCAAACAUCACCACCACCACAUCAUCGUGUGAGAUGAGGACGCUAGGAAGCGGAUGUAAACACUCGUUUGACUGUAGCUCGGUUAUAGAGAACAGUGUGUGCGUUCAGUGUGGCCCGAAUACGUCAGACCCGCAGACUUGCCUGACAUGUCAGUGUAAAGCAGGUUAUAUCGCUAAAGAUGCUUCGCCCAACAGCACGGGUCGAUGGCUUUGUGUGUCAAGGUCACUGGGCGAUCCGUGUCAUGACGACAGCAGCUGUGCCGACAUCGAGAACAGCGCGUGCCAGAACACGUGCGUGUGUCAGCCUGGGUAUGUUGGGGUCGGCAGACGGCGUUGUUCCAGACGAGAGUCUGGCAUUAGAACUCUACACGAGGGCAUCUUCUCGACUCCACCCCAUCAUUAUAAGAGUGUUCUCAUUGCCCCGCCCACUCCUUAUAAGGACAUUCUCUCUACCCUGCCCACUCCUUAUAUGGACAUUCUCUCUACCCCACCCACUCCUUAUAAGGAAAUUAUCUCUCACCCACCCACUCCUUAUAAGGAAAUUCUCUCUACCCCACCCACUCCUUAUAAGGAAACUAUCUCUCCCCCACCCACUCCUUAUAAGGAAAUUAUCUCUAUCCUAUCCACUCCUAAUAUGGACAUUAUUUCAGCUUCAUCCCCUCUAUAUAAGGACUUCCUCUUAUCCCCACCCCGUGCUUACCUUUACCAAAACAAACACCCCCUUUCAAAUGAUGAACAUGCUCGUCGCCCUCGGGCAGUGACGCCCAGGGCGUUGGUUACCGCUCCAACCCGCCCAUUGAUGACGGGCGCAGCGUGCAGCACGCACCAAGACUGCACCGGAAUGUGCUACGCCCCCAUCUGCGCGUGCUCCCGGGGCACGUGCUUCGACGCGGCUCUGGGCGAGAUGGAAUGCGAGAGCGACGUAGACUGCACCGUCGCCAACAGCGUCUGCAGGCAGCAGUCUUGCACGUGCGACGAGGGCUACUCGGAGAUGGACGUCUACACGUGUCGCUUUUACCACCUGGGAGACGGUUGCUAUGACAACAGCCUGUGCGCCAACUCCGUCAUGCACAGCAUGUGCGUGAGCUUUAAAUGCCAGUGUCAGGACACCUACUACCAAGACGACGCCAAGACCUGUCUUUUAAAAGGAACCGGAUGUAGUUCCGAUUCCCAAUGCGAGAAACAGUUUCUUCAUAGCUUCUGUGACGUCGACGGCGCAUGUCAAUGCGUUAUUGGUUACCGGAAGAACGCGGUCGGCGCAUGCGCGCCAGUGGGUCUCGGGGAUCGCUGCGUUAGUCAGGAGGAAUGCAACGUCACGAACCCACACUCGGAGUGUUUCUUCAACACGUGCGUCUGCGUCCCUGGGUACUCACCCAAACACAGCGACCAACUAGUUCCGGGUCAAGCCACCUGCCUGCCCACGACCUUGGGGGACGCAUGCACGAGCUCACAAGACUGCUCACUGACGAUACCCAACAGCUACUGCGGUGUGUGUGACCAAACGUCGCCCGACCCCCUGUGUGUAGACGCAUGCCGUAGGUUAAUGCACGUGUCUAGCCUGCCUACUAACUGCUCACUCAAUGCAUGUUUGUGUAAAGAUGGUUUCCUAGAAAUGGCAGGAAACCAAUGUGCUCCUCGCGUCCUAAGUGAUCCAUGCACGAACGAUUCGGAUUGUUCUGUGCACGUGCCUAACGCAGUCUGUGUGAGCAAAAGAUGCCGCUGUGGUGGAGGCUAUUUGCAGACCAGAAACAACACCUUCUGUCCACGCAAGAAGAUCGGCGACUUCUGUUACACAGGUCCAAACGACGACUGCAGUAAAGCUGUUGACAACAGCGUCUGCACAAGAAAUGGAACUAAGGCCAUCUGCCUUUGUAAAUCUGGCUACCAAGUUGACGCCAGCAUGACACUGUGUAGACGCCGGCGAAUCAGGGAGCAGACAUGCGCAGUGGACCUAGACUGUAGAGACGCUGUCAACAUGAGCCACUGCGCAUCGGGCGUUUGCGUCUGUGACCAUGGUUACGCGACUAACCUUGACCGGGACGCGUGUCAUCGGAUGCGUCUCCAUACCGACACCUGCACGGCUGAAUCGGAAUGCUCCACCGCCGUAGACUACAGCACGUGUGUAAAUGGGAAGUGCGCAUGCGUGUCCGGUUUCUACAGUGAGAACAACAACACGGGGUGUUUAAAAAGAAAGAUCGGCAUCGGAAAAUGUGAUGUGCAUGUGGACUGCAGUGAUGCAGUUAACAACAGUGAAUGUAGAGGAUUGUGCAGGUGCAUGUCAGGAUAUAUGACUAGAAAUGACGACGCCACCACAUGUCACCGCCGUGUCAUUUAUGACAACUGCACCCUUGACACUGACUGCAGCGACGCUGUAGCAGACACCAUAUGCAGAGGACGACGAUGUGUUUGUAGCCUUGGGUUUUAUGCCUCAGCCGACAACACAACAUGCAUUAAGAGAAAACUAGGUGACAGGUGCAGCUUCAAUUUAGAUUGUCAAAUGGUGACCGGGUCCAGUGGUUGCGCCAAUGGUACUUGUGUUUGUAGCCAGGGCUAUGAUGGGCACGCCAACAGCACUCAGUGUGUCAAAGCCCCCGAACGCCUCGGGUCGGAGUGCGAAUAUGACGAGCAGUGUAGCACGAGAUUCCCGUCCAGCAUUGGCCACAGCACGUGCAGUCCCGCGACCUUGACCUGCGUGUGUCCUAACGGCACCUUCGUCUCCAGAGACGCCAAGGCGUGUGUAAAACUCCCCCAGAAGAUCGGUGACUACUGCGCAGACGACACCCACUGCUCCAGAAUGGCUAACAACACGAUCUGCAAUACCACCAGCAUGACGUCAUGGUGUCAGUGCGCAUCAGGCUACUUCCUGGAUAACAACAGCAGCGCGUGCCAUAAACUCCCAACAGCUCUGGGUGACGUGUGUAAUCAAAAUGAGCAGUGCAGCGUCAACAUUACACACAGCUCGUGUGAGCGGGGGCGUGUGUACUUGCCGGUAUGGUUAUGAAAGAAAGAACACGGACAACCGCUGUACUGAAAGGUAUAAGCACAAACUGGAACCCUUUGACGUGCCCAGAGCCAUAAACUGCAGCACCACCAACCCCACCCCCUGCAACAGUUGGAACAGCAGCAUCUGUGACGCGCAGGCCGGCGAGUG